GGAGAACUGGUGGGCGGUCCUUCCUGUGACACGACCCUUGAGUGACAGUUGUAUUUGAUUGCCUCCAGUACUGUGAGGAAAGGACACGACUCUAUGGUGAGGACUGAUGGACAUACAUUAUCUGAGAAAAGAAACUACCAGCCUCCAGCUCUGAGCUUUCCAAUCCCCAGAGUAGCAAAUGUUGAAAGAAGUUGCACAGGAAAAGGACCACUCUGCCAUGGAUGUGUUUCUGUCCCUGGGAAUAGGAUUCCAUGCCUGGGCCAGCAUUUGCCAGCAUUAUAGACAAUAAAUGAUUUCAGAGUGACAAACAGCAUGUUUGGUGCUUCAAGAAAGAAGUUUGUAGAGGGGGUCGACAGUGACUACCAUGACGAAAACAUGUACUACAGCCAGUCUUCUAUGUUUCCACAUCGGUCAGAAAAGGAUAUGCUGGCAUCACCAUCUACAUCAGGUCAGCUGUCUCAGUUUGGGGCAAGUUUAUACGGGCAACAAAGUGCACUAGGCCUUCCAAUGAGGGGGAUGAGCAACAAUACCCCUCAGUUAAAUCGCAGCUUAUCACAAGGCACUCAGUUACCGAGCCACGUCACGCCAACAACAGGGGUACCAACAAUGUCACUUCACACGCCUCCAUCUCCAAGCAGGGGUAUUUUGCCUAUGAAUCCUAGGAAUAUGAUGAACCACUCCCAGGUUGGUCAGGGCAUUGGAAUUCCUAGCAGGACAAAUAGCAUGAGCAGUUCAGGGUUAGGUAGCCCCAACAGAAGCUCGCCAAGCAUAAUAUGUAUGCCAAAGCAGCAGCCUUCUCGACAGCCUUUUACUGUGAACAGUAUGUCUGGAUUUGGAAUGAACAGGAAUCAGGCAUUUGGAAUGAAUAACUCCUUAUCAAGUAACAUUUUUAAUGGAACAGAUGGAAGCGAAAAUGUGACAGGAUUGGACCUUUCAGAUUUUCCAGCAUUAGCAGACCGAAACAGAAGGGAAGGAAGUGGUAACCCAACUCCAUUAAUAAACCCCUUGGCUGGAAGAGCUCCUUAUGUUGGAAUGGUAACAAAACCAGCAAAUGAGCAAUCCCAGGACUUCUCAAUACACAACGAAGAUUUUCCAGCAUUACCUGGUUCCAGCUAUAAAGAUCCAACAUCAAGUAAUGAUGACAGUAAAUCUAAUUUGAAUACAUCUGGCAAGACAGCUUCAAGUACAGAUGGACCCAAAUUCCCUGGAGAUAAAAGUUCAACAACACAAAAUAAUAACCAGCAGAAAAAAGGGAUCCAGGUGUUACCUGAUGGUCGGGUUACUAACAUUCCUCAAGGGAUGGUGACGGACCAAUUUGGAAUGAUUGGCCUGUUAACAUUUAUCAGGGCAGCAGAGACGGACCCAGGAAUGGUACAUCUUGCAUUAGGAAGUGACUUAACAACAUUAGGCCUCAAUCUGAACUCUCCUGAAAAUCUCUACCCCAAAUUUGCAUCACCCUGGGCAUCUUCACCCUGUCGACCUCAAGACAUAGACUUCCAUGUUCCAUCUGAGUACUUAACGAACAUUCACAUUAGGGAUAAGCUGGCUGCAAUAAAACUUGGCCGAUAUGGAGAAGACCUGCUCUUCUAUCUCUAUUACAUGAAUGGAGGAGACGUAUUACAACUUUUAGCUGCAGUAGAGCUUUUUAACCGUGAUUGGAGAUACCACAAAGAAGAACGAGUAUGGAUUACCAGGGCACCAGGCAUGGAGCCAACAAUGAAAACCAAUACAUAUGAGAGGGGAACAUAUUACUUCUUUGACUGUCUUAACUGGAGGAAAGUAGCUAAGGAAUUUCAUCUGGAAUAUGACAAAUUAGAAGAACGGCCUCACCUGCCAUCCACCUUCAACUACAACCCUGCUCAGCAAGCCUUCUAAAAAAAGACUUCCCUUUUCUUGGGGUAUGGCUGUCUCAGCACAAUACUCAACAUAACUGCAGAACUGAUGUGGCUCAGGCACCCUGGUUUUAAUUCCUUGAGGAUCUGGCAAUUGGCUUAUGCAAAGGGUCACCAUUUGAGGUCCUGCCUUACUAAUUAUGUGCUGCCCAACAACUAAAUUUGUAAUUUGUUUUUCUCUAGUUCGAGCAGGGUCUGUAUUUUUUUUCAUUUAUUUUCUUUUUUUGCCAGCAGACAGACUUGAGUCUGUAAAGACAAGCAAGUACACUGACAGAAGUUUACCAUUUAGUUUCUAAAAUGUAAAAAAGAAAACCCACAAAAGACUCAACAGAAUUAGACCACAAAAUUUGCAUUGUUCAUUGUAGCACUAUUGGUAAUAAAAUAACAAAUGUUUGUGCAUUUUUAUGUGAAGAUCCUUCUCGUAUUUCAUUUGGAAAGAUGAGCAAGGUCUGCUUCCUUCAUUUUACUUCCCCUUCUGUUUUUGAAAGGCAGUUUCGCCAAGCUUAAUGCAAGAAUAUCUGACUGUUUAGAAGAAAGAUAUUGCCACAAUCUCUGGAUGGUUUCCAGGGUUGUGUUAUUACUGAGCUUCAUCUUUCCAGAAUGAGCAAAACACUGUCCAGUCUUUGUUACGAUUUUGUAAUAAAUGUGUACAUUUUUUUUAAAUUUUUGGACAUCACAUGAAUAAAGGUAUGUAUGUACGAAUGUGUAUAUAUUAUAUAUAUGACAUCUAUUUUGGAAAAUGUUUGCCCUGCUGUACCUCAUUUUUAGGAGGUGUGCAUGGAUGCAAUAUAUGAAAAUGGGACAUUCUGGAACUGCUGGUCAGGGGACUUUGUCGCCCUGUGCACUAAAGGGCCAGAUUUUCAGCAGCCAAGGACAUCCAUACCCAAGUGAAUGUGAUGGGACUUAAAGAAGUGAACUGAGACAAUUCACUCUGGCUGUUUGAACAGCAGCGUUUCAUAGGAAGAGAAAAAAAGAUCAAUCUUGUAUUUUCUGACCACAUAAAGGCUUCUUCUCUUUGUAAUAAAGUAGAAAAGCUCUCCUCA